AUGGGCGUAGGCGCGAGAAUCCUCGGCCGCGGCAAGUCGCAGACAAAGGCUAAUGGAGGGAAAGGCCCUUUGUCGCGCAAGGCUCCCCCCAAGAACGCGGACCCGUCCAUCCCCUCCCUCUCCGAGAAGCCUUCCCCCACGCCCUCCGAGUCCCGCAGCAGCACCAGUGGCAACGACAAGGACUCCUCCUCCCUCCGCAGUGACGACCAACACUACUACAGCCGCCUCUUUUCCCAUCUGCCACCCAACUCUCUCAUUCCCGAUGCCCUCGCCGAGCUCCCACCAUGGUUCAAGACUGACACCGAGGCUUGGAAUGUCGCCUCGUUGAUUUCAUUCAGGUCGCGGUACCCCAUGCACAAUCCGGCAGGCCCCCGUUGGUACCAGAACGUCCAUCUCUUGGCUCCUACAGAGAAUCAAACGUCUCAGUUUUCUGCCUCUUUCCCUCCCAUACCUACCGCCGCGGAGCGUUCCCAGGAGUCGACACGCUUGCGCACGCCGUCCGCGUCGCCGCUGCCGACACCCAACUCUUCUCAGCUGCGCAUUGUCGAUCCCACUGGCCGCGUCAGGACGCGUAAGAUCUCGCAGACUGAUAAUGUCGACAUGCUCGACGGCACCGACCCUUGGGGUCAGCAGUGGCACCACGACUCGCCCUACGAUAUCGGUGGAUUGAAUCACGAUGCGUCGCCCGAGACAGAGGAUCGUCGGAGAAGUCUCACUAUCGGGAAUCGUCACAAGAGUGUGACGCCCUCUCCGUUGUCCCAGUCGACGUCUGCCGUGCACCUGCACAUGCCAGAACCGAUGGGCGCAGAUCUGCCUCGUCGCAUGAGCAAACGACGCAAGCCGUUCAGUGGCUUGUUUGGUUCUCAGAGCCAAGACAACUUCCACCCGAAGCACGCGUCCGCCCCGCACGAGCCUCCCUCCCCCCUUACUACGGAGAGUGUGCAGCGUCAGAAUGUGCUCCGUCGUAGGUCGACGGCGGGCCCGCCGCCGCCUUCGCCCUCCGCCUUGCUCAGCGCGGACAUGGCGUCCGGCAAGAAAGAGAAACACACGAGCUUUAUGGGCCGCCUUGCGCGACGAUUCAGUGUCAUGCGUAAGCCCGAUCCAGUGCAGACUGCAAACGGUAUCGGCGGUGAUUCUCCCCUUGAUGGCGCUAAUGCUGAGUCCAGCGCGGCGGCAGAGCAGGUCAAUGACAAUGCCGACAGCACCCGCACGCCGGACCCCUCGAGGCGCGUACCUGCGCCAGCAGUAACUGGUGAUCCUUCUACCGAGGCGGACCGUGUGCAGUCGAGUGCCCUAUACUCUGCCGACGAUGAGGAGCCUGUCCCGAGUAAACUCACCGUCGUCAACCCGGACGAGCCUGACAGCUCGGUGGGUGCGUCGCCCGUUCAGCUGGCUGCUACAGUGCCGUCCGAAUCAUCUGCUGCGGACACCGAAUCAUCUUCCAAGGCGGAUGCGGAUGUUUCUGAGAUGGAUGACCGUUCUGAGGGCACGGACACCCCUGCGGCUGCUUCCCGCGCGACGAUCACCGAGACUCCUGCAUCGCCCUCGACGAUUCCGUCAACGUCCCAAGAGCCAGUCUCGCCGUUGCAAAUCCCUUCGCUCUCGCCCUCGCUACCUCUCCCAGAGUUGCCCCAGCAGUCGUUGGCCGCCGCGUUGAACCUCGACCACUCGUUGCCUCCUACGCCCCGGACAGAGAGGCCUCUGUCUCUCGUGUCCGAGCGGACAGAGCCGUCCACGGCCUUCCUGUCUUCGCCACGCACCCAGACGCAGGAGACGAACUUCUCCAGCUCCAGUACCAACUUGACUGCGUACGCACCUUCCUCUGUGACCACUCCUGAUGACCCGUCGCUUGUCCGUGCCUCGAUCGUCGCGAAUCCUCCGACCCCGCAUGUGCGGCCCAUGGUGAUCUUCCCGUCCGCGAAGGCGACACAGGUUCCAAUGUCGUCGUCUCCCGUCGAGAUGUCACCCAAGCCUCGCGAGGGCUCGCCAAAGAAGGAGGGCCACCACAAGUCGUCCAGCACGACGAAGCGGAGGGAGACCGAGACGUACACGCUGGUGCGCAGCCCGUCGGGCACCGCGCGUGCAGCAGGGGACGUGAUCACGGCGAUGGGGGAACAGUGGGAGCUGGUCUCGUCGCAGGCUGAAGAGGGCUCGCGGAAGAGCCGGAGGAAGGAGCGAAGCGGGUCCAAGGAGGUCGAGAGCCCCAUCCGAGAGGAAGGCGAGUAUCACCACCAUAAGCGGCAGCGCUCUGUCAACGAGCAGCGCCCCGCUGCGGAGCCGAUGACGGCGUCCUCCAGCAGGUCGACGCGCACGCCGAGUGUGGACACUGAGCGGCGCCCGCAUGGGACCGUCUCUUCACGCAAGGAGCGUCGUUCGUCCUCGAAGCAUAGGGAGAGCGAUGCCGAUGCUGGCCACUCUGUGAAGGCUACUUCGGUUCCGAACCCUCACCACCCUUACCGUCACGAACGGGCUCUGUCUGCCGGUGCGCGUCCGGCAUCUGACCUGCAGUUUGACCCAAUGGUCCUCAAGGCUAAGGACGCCUGGGAGCAGGACAGGCUCUGGAAGGCCAACAGCGUGUCGUACGGCCCUGACGGCAUUCCUAUCGUGUCUACGCCCCCUACGAUCGGCGACGGCUCGCGCACAUCGACCGUCGUCAGUGCCGACAUGCAGAUGGCCGGUGCCAUCCCCAGCACGAGCGACCUGUACCUGCACCGCGCCACGACGCUUCCCUCCCCUCAUACCCCCGCGCCUCCGCACGGCUCCAGCCAUACGUACUUCACGAUCGGCCCGUACCAGGGUAGCCACACCAUUCCCCCUGUCUACGUGCCCAACGUCGCCCCCUCCGCGCAGAACCCCUCUGCACCAGGCAGGCGGCGCCAAGUUUCUCGCUCCUUCUCUGAACGUGUGCCAUUCUCCAUCAACGACAAGAGGAACGACCCGCCUUCCCUCACGCGCAACUACAUUGGCAAUCCGCUCCCGGACCCGCCCCGCAUCUCACCUUUCCAAGCCGCCCCGCUACCGCCCUCGCUCGUGGCCCCGUUGGGGAGCGCGAACGCACAGUACGCCGGCGUGCCGACACGAUACUAA